UACACCUCCGCACCCCCACAGCUCUUGUAGUCGUCGCUCCGGCGUCGUCGCCGGGUCCAGGCCCCUCGGCCUUCCGGCCGCCGCCGAAAUGAAGCUGCGGGUGCGGCUUCAGAAGCGGACCUGGCCGCUGGAGAUGCCGGAAGCGGAGCCGACGCUGGGGCAGCUGCGCGCGCACCUGAGCCGGGCCCUGCUGCCCACCUGGGGCUACAGUUCUGAUACUCGAUUUGCAAUUACAUUGAACAACAAGGAUGCCCUCACUGGAGAUGAAGAGACCUUGGCUUCCUAUGGGAUUGUUUCUGGGGACUUGAUAUGUUUGAUUCUUGAAGAUACCAUUCCAGCACCUAAUUUACCUUCAUCCACAGAUUCAGAGCAUUCCUCACUCCAGAGUAAUGAACAACCCUCUUUGGCCGCCAGCUCCAAUCAGGCCCACACACCAGAUGAACAACUGAGUGAUUCACUCCAAGGACAGGCAGCCCAAACUGAUGUCUGGAAUGAUGACAGUAUGUCAGGGCCUAAUCACGGUUUUGAAGCUAAGUCCAUUCAAGAUGUUGUGGAUAUGGAAGAGGGCACAGGUUUCUAUCUCUCAGAACCAAUGCUCUGCAGUGAAUCGGUGGAAGGGCAAGUGCCACAUUCGUUAGAGACCCUGUAUCAAUCCUCUGACUGUUCUAAUGCCAAUGAUGCCUUGAUAGUAUUGAUACAUCUUCUCAUGUUGGAGUCAGGUUACAAACCUCAGGGGACCGAAGCCAAAGCAGUGUCCAUGCCAGAGAGGUGGAAGUCGAGUGGUGUGUAUAAGCUACAGUACACACAUCCUCUCUGUGAGGGUGGCUCUGCUGCUCUCACCUGUUUGCCUUUGGGAAACCUCAUCGUCGUCAAUGCUACACUAAAAAUCAACAGUGAAAUUAGAAGUGUGAAAAGAUUGCAGCUGCUGCCAGAAUCUUUUAUUUGCAAAGAUGAACUAGGGGAAAAUGUAGCCAAGAUAUACAAAGAUCUUCAGAAGAUCUCCCGCCUGUUCAAAGACCAACUGGUGUAUCCUCUUCUGGCUUUUACCCGACAAGCACUGAACCUACCAGAUGUAUUUGGGUUGGUAGUCCUCCCGUUGGAGCUGAAAUUACGGAUCUUCCGACUUUUGGAUGUUCGUUCUGUCCUGUCUUUGUCUGCAGUUUGUCAUGACCUCUUUAUUGCUUCAAAUGACCCACUCUUGUGGAGGUGUUUAUACCUGCGAGAUUUUCGAGACAGUACUGUGAGAGUUGGAGACACAGACUGGAAAGAACUGUACAGGAAGAGGCACAAACAAAGAAAAGAAGCCCAGAGAGGGCGGCAUAUGAUGUUCCUGCCGUCCUCACCCCAUCCCAUUCCGUUUUAUCCUGACCCCUUGCACUCGAGGCCCUUUCCUCCAAGCUCUCUCCUUCCUCCAGGAAUUAUUGGGGGUGAAUAUGAUGAAAGACCAACACUUCCCUAUGUUGGGGACCCAAUCAAUUCACUCAUCCCUGGGCCCGGGGGGACACCCAGCCAGUUCCCUCCACUUAGACCACGUUUUGAUCCAAUUGGCCCAUUUCCAGGACCUAACCCCAUCUUGCCAGGGCGAGGUGGCCCCAGUGACAGAUUUCCCUUCAGACCCAGCAGGGGUCGGCCGACUGACAACCGGCUGCCAUUCAUGUGAUUUGUAAUCUCACUUCUGAAGCUCGAUUUGUUUUUGAUUUUUUUGUUUAGAACUACAGAGAUCAUCUGGGAGUGCUGAGCUGUAGUGUUAUUUUCUGAUUGUAGUGGUGAUAAUUGCACUCCCAGAAGCUGUUCAGUAGGUACAUUUACAGCUCUAGGGGUGGUAUGGCCCAAAGGUUACUCUGUGAUAAGAUUGGUCUUGGCAGUAGUUGGCUACUGAUUUCCCUGCUGUGGCUUCCCCUCUAGAAUGAAGGUUGCUUACUGAUAAUGCUCUGCACCUGAUUAAAAAAAGGUGUAAAAUUACAUGACAGUCUUGACUUUUAUUACAGAAAGAUAUUAAAUAUUCAGAACAGAUUUACAGUGUUACUUAGAUUAUCAGAGAACUUAUUAAGUGUAGGUAGAUUAUUAAUUAUUGCAGGAGGUUUCUUUUUGUUUUUUUUUAGUGCUACUCUUUCUUCAAAUGGAAGUACAAUUUAUAGAAUGAAUAAAAGCAGAGCUAGUUUGGUUGAACUGAACUCGGAGUGGGUGCCUUGGACACGCACCGGCUCAACCACCCCCUCAACCACCUCCUCCCUCUGCAGCUUUUUCUCAGGUUUCUUGGUGGAACUUCCUGGGCUCUGAAGCAGCACUGUUUGAAGACCAUUGAGUUAUAGGGAAUCUUAUUUCUGGCACCUUCUUGGGUGAGGUUGUUAUGAUUUUUUUUCCUUGUGUUUUGAACACUUAGCGCCUAGUUUGUAAUCUAAGCAGAUGACAUCUUUUUUUAUUUUAUUUUUUCCAAAAAGAUGACUGGUAAGGGGAUCUUAACUCUUGGCUUGGUGUUGUCAGCACCACGCUCUCCCAAGUGAGCUAACCGGCCUGCAACUGACAUCUUUUAACAGAGUUUUACUGUUUUGAGUGCUGGUCAGGUACUUGUUCUUUAAAGAUAGCUUCCUCUUAUUUGAAGAACAUUGUGUUUUUAAGACUUAAAAUACACAAAAUUCAAGAUUUAUUUUUCCUACAAGAAAAAGGGCAGACACAAAUGACUUAUCAUACAAACAACUACAGAAACAUGCUAUCAUGACAGAAAUUAAAAUAUGACUCAUAACACAGGAAUAAAACACUUAGCAUCUGCAGAAAAUAUUUAGGAAUAUUACCAAUGUCUUCCUGGUUUUUAAAAAAUCUGUUUUGCAUAUAAGGAAAUUGCUUGGAAUGUUACAUGCUGCAAGAAUAUUUUGAGUCCUACGUACAAGUGAAAAUAUAUAUUUUUUGCUACACAUG